AUGGCUGAGGCUUUCAUAUCUGCAGUCAUCGGUGACAUGGUUAGCAGGGCAAUCUCUAUUGUUAUUAGUCGUUCUACUAGACAAGAAAGCAUCAAUGCAAAGUUAACAAGGAUACGUCAUAUGCUGAUCAAGAUUGGAAGUGCAGUCGAGGAGGCCAAGGGGAGGCAGAUCACUAAUCAUGGAACUCUUGAGUGGCUCUCAGAGCUCAUCAGUGGUAUGUAUCAAGGUCGCUACUUCCUUGACAUAUCAAAGGAUGGAUCGCAAAACCUUGUAGAUGUCAAUGAUAACAAGGAUGUACCCUAUCCUUUCUUGUUGUCGUCUUUCAAUCAUGCGAAGCGCUUACGCAUUUCUGCAAGUAGUAUCAAGAUCCAAUUUUCAAAAGAUGAUAGCAUUCUUGAGAUCAACAACGUUUUAGCAAAUUUGCAGAGCUUAUCAGUUGGUAUAAGAGAGUUUGUCGUGCUGUUAGACAGCUGCCCACCAAUCCUUAAGCCUCUUAGGACUAACCUUUAUGUGGAUUGUGAGAUGUUUGGCCGGCAUGUUGAAAGAGAGCGGGUCAUCAACUUUUUGUUACACAAAGGCAACCCCUCAGAAAGGAAGUUGGACAUUCUUCCUAUCAUUGGCAAUGUUGGUGUUGGAAAGACAACCCUUGUGCAGCAUGUUUGUGACGAUGCAAGGGUACGCAGCCACUUCUCAUCAAUCUUGUUGUCUGAUUUCUUCACUUUGACAGUUAUGGAAAAUAGUGAGACAAGGAUAGUCCUUAAUUCUAAGUACAGCACAGGUGACUUCGGAAAUUUCAAUGAUCUGCUGCAAACAUUCAAGCACAAGUUGAACAAUAAAAGGUUCCUGAUGGUAUUUGAGAAUGUCGAUUCGGAGAAGAAACAGAUGUUGCAAGUGCUCUUGUCGAACCUAAGGUCCUGUAAACAAGGGAGCAAGGUCAUUGUGACCAGUCCUCACAACCACACUGCCAGCGUCGGAACUGUGCAGCCGAUCAAGCUUAGCAUCCUACCAUGUGAAAAGUUCUGGUUCUACUUCAAGGCGCUUGCAUUUCCAGAUGCAGAUUUUGAGGAGAAUUUCCCAAGGAUGGCAGCAAUAGGUAUGGCAAUCGCAAAGAAGCUGAACGGGUCAUUCUUUGGAGCUAAGAUCAUUGGAGCUCUACUAAAGGUUCAUCCUAAUAUCCAAUUCUGGAGUGAGGCUUUGAGAAGCAGUAUUUGGGAUCUCCCAGUUCUUGGCAGUAGCCUCCCCUAUAUUUCGGAUGUGGCCAAUUACUUCCUCUCCAGACAGGUGGUUCAAGCUCCUAUGUAUAAUUUUAUCAGAAAUAAAGCAUGA